UUGGUGAUGUUGGGGUGGAGGAGGGAGGGGAGUGGAGAGGGUCCCUCAGGGCUGUCUCCUUCCUUGCCCCCCACGCCGGGUCCCGGCCCAGCUGGCUGAUGUGGGCCUUGUGCUCCGUGGGCAGCCUCCGCCUUGGACUGUGAAUGCGCUGCGGGUCUCUGCUGUGCUCCACUUCUGGGGAGCCUCUUGGCCCUUCAGGGUGCAUCACCUCAGAAAGAGCUCCUUGGCUCUGCUUAUGGGCUGCCCAGCCUUCUCUCUGCUUCUCUGUAGGGUGGAAAACUAGCUCGAGAAAAAUUGUUAGUAAGCCUUUGGUUGGUGAGAGGAGAACGUAAAAGGAGGGAGUGCUGUUACACAGUGUAGCAAUAAGCAGACAGAGGCACAUAGCAUCAGAGACUUGCCCAAAGUGCAAAAUCAAAAACUGCUAUCCAUCUCGAGAUGGAAGAACCAGUGCUUGAAAAAUUGACAUCUUUGUGCAGUACUCCAAAGGAUUCUGGGACAGCAGCUCCACAGGGAACUAGUUCAGGGAAACAGCCAAUGAGCGCAGCUCUGAGGGAGCGAUUAAGGAAAACAAGACGUUCAUUUAAUGCUAAUUUUACAGUGGCAAAGCGGCUCAAGAUAGACUCUGAAGAAAAAGACAGUGCUGAUGCUGACAAAGGGUGCUUGCCCAAGACAAUUACAAAUACAGAUUGUUCCAGAUUACAGGAUGGUUCUGAAAACGUGGAAAGAAACAGCACUGGACAUACAUGCUUCAGAAGUCCCUUACAGGAAAAUGAUCUCUGUGGAUCAGCAGAGAAUUCUCAUGUGCUACAGUCUGACCUUAGUCAGCAGCAGUCCCUGGAAGAAAAAGUAAGGCUGGUGAAACAAGUGCAAGAAAAGGAAGAACUACUUCGAAGGCUCAAACUGGUUAAGAUGUACCGAUCUAAGAACAACCUGUCUGAACUGCAGGCUUUGAUAGUGAAAUGGAGAAGCAGUACCCAGCUGAUGCUAUAUGAACUGCAGUCGGCCUUUUCUGCAGAUGGCAAGAAAGUGAGUCUCACUCAGCUGAUAGAUACUUUUGGAUUAGAAGACCAGUUACUGCACUACAGCAGAACAGAAGAAGAUUUUGUAGAUCCAUAAUCUACAAGUGCGAAGCAUUCAGUUCCACACACGCAUAAGAAGAAAAGACAAUGAAUUCUGAUCACAUAAGAAAUGUUGAUCAGACAGCGGACGUUAUGCUUUGAGGUUAGGAGGUUUUCUCAGGAGAUAUUUGUAAAGCUUUGUACUUAGAUACAGUAGGUGCUGUAAAAGGCAUUACUUAAUGGAAAAGAUAAAACUAAUGCUGUUAUGAAAAACUGGCUUGAUAACUUGAUCAGUGAAUUGUUAUUUAAUAAAAAUAAGAUGAAAUCAAGUCAUACAUUUAACAAAUAGAAGGCAGUCCAUUCUUUGAUUAGUCUUUGCAUGGUUACUUGUCUUGAAGUAACAAACUCAAUUGUUAUUUCUGUUGAUGUUCAGAUGAGGAAGAGUUCAGUUCUCUGUUUAUAUAUACAUCCCCAUUUUACAAAUGUCUUCCUGCUGCCAGUCAGUUAAUGACAGCAUUUUGCAAGUUAAGUAGAGAUAACUAAUUUUCAUGUUGUUAAAAUUCUGAAGCUGCAAUGAGAUGUUCUCAAUAGCUUUAAUUAUUACUGAGGGAAAUGUGCCAUAAUGCAUUCAUUUUCAGAUACUGGUCCAGACAGUUGUCUUCAGGGAAGCUGUCUCUUAAGAAUUCUGCCACAGCCUGAGAUAAUACAAGGGAAGGCAAGAAAAUCACAACCAACAGCUGUUAACGCUGCUACUUCAUGUGAGAGCCAAGGUGUUAACUCUCUUCAAAUAAAUAAGAAAAACAAGGCCUUGUCUAGUGGGAGUGCUUCAACUACAGCAUCAUAAAGCUGAAUAAAACUUCAGCAUUUCAUUUAUGCUCCAAUAAAUGUUGUCUCUUUAUAUGUUUUUGUUUUUAUCUUAACUUGAAAUUGCUUUUUUUCCUCAUCAUAGCAUAUGCAUAUAGUGUGGUAACUUCUGUCUGCUUUUGUUCUCCUUAAAAUCAUUGCUUGUCAAGUGUAACAAUACAUAAAUCUUCACUACAGUACAACUCCCCCUGCUAUGAAUAUUGUUAUAUAUGUGAUCACAUUCCUUAUUGGUUGUAUCUAUCUCAACUGGUUUGUUUAUGGCUAGCAUUUCCUGUUUCCUUAAGGGAGUCAUUUCUUGCAUAUCUCAAAGGAAAGAAAAUCAAAGAUUGUACAGACCUUUUUAACAUUGAUAGGGCUCGUUAGACUUAAAUCUGUACCCACAACUUACUCCUAAGAAUACUGAAUGUUGCUGUCUACAGAGAAUUAAUUAAGAACAACCUUUAUUGCUAAUCACAUUUUGAGUAUUAAGAUACUAUUUCUUCUGUUUCUUUGGGUUAAUAAAAAAAGAUGGUGGUGCCAGGUGAAGGGGGUUCUCUUCCCUGAGAUCCGUGGCAAAUUUGGAACUCUUGUUUCUAGGGAAGUUUCAGGAGGAAGAAAAAUACCUUGCAAGAAGAAUGGGGAUGUAAGUAGAAUCCUUACAGGCCCCAGUUAGAGACAAUAAAGCAAAAAUAGAGGUGGUGUACAAGAUCACAACAGAAGUAGCUUUCCUUACAAGUGUAGAAUUUUGUUAAACUAAUGUAUCCAAGCUAUUAAUGCUCUUACAAGGGAAUGAGUGUAGAUUUUAUGUGCAUUUAUGAAAAGAAGAGAAGAAUCAACACACACCAUGGAAGAGGGAAAUAAAAAUGUCAGAAUGCCUGAGUAGGUAGAUCCUGCUCCAGCAGUUGUUAAUUUUAUCAAGGGUUCUUUAUAUUUCCUAGCUGUCUUGGGAGAGAUCUGGCAGGAGAAUAGACUGUAAAGGGCUGGGAGAUAACAGCAACUCUUUUGGAGGCCAGAUGCUUCCAAACCUGGUUUUCCUGUGAUUCUGCUCAUGGCAGCAGGUACUGGUGGCUGUGGGUAAUUAUCAUAAACAGCAGCAGCUUUCAGGACUGGGCCAGAUAGCACACAUCAUGCUGAAGCAUACCUUCAUCUUCUUAGCAACCUACACCUGUGCCAUCACAAGUGUAAAUAUAUUUAAAAAAGAAAAAUUAAGUCAAAGCCUCAGAAAUGAAUUUUAGCAGAUGCAAAUUCAUGGAUUUCUUGCAGUACUGUACCUUCAAAAUGUUCUACAAUUGCAUAUUGCAGACUAAGGAUAUACAAAUACACCUGUUCUUCUAUCAGUCUACAAUUUCUUGUACCUUUUGUUUUCUGUAAUGAGCUGUAUGGUUUAUAUAAUCAAAACAGCAGAAAUAAAUCUCAUGAACUGAAAUAUAACAGGGACAAGACUAGGUAUAAAAUGUACA